GGCUGCUGGUUUUGACAGCGGAGGGGAGCGGGUGAGGAGAAGCGGAGGAUCGGAGCGGACCACAGCUUGCUGUUGCAGCGGCUGAAGGGGGCACAGACACACCAGCCGGACACGGUCCCUCUAACGCACACACACACUUACACUCACACACACACAGUCCUCCUCCUCAUCAUAAUCAUCAUCAUUUACCAGCAGCAUCCACACUGGAAGAAGCCGGUUUGCAGCAAUCGGUUAAAACCACCUGCUGAGGACAGACAGGAUCUGAGGUUUAAAUCCACACUGUGUGGAUUCCGACAUCUUCACCCUGUUGACCACCCUGACUCUGCUGUUGAACCUGGGGAAAAGGUUUACAUCGUGACAUCAACACGCCCGAACAUGGACAGGAACAGGAAGUGGGUGCCAGGCUUCGAAGCUGUGCUAUUGAUUCUCCUGAGUCACACGACUGUAGCGCUGGAAGUGCCUCUUGAUCCUAAAGUACUGGAAGGAUUGCCCCAGCCCCCGACUAUAACACUACAAUCCCCAAAGGAUUACAUCUUUGAUCCACGGGAGAACAUCGUCAUCCACUGUGAGGCCAAGGGGAAGCCUCAGCCCAGCUUUUCAUGGACGAGAAAUGGGAGCCACUUUGAUGUAGAGAAAGACUCUAAAGUCUUAAUGAAACCCGGUUCAGGAACUCUGGUCAUUGACAUCAGCCAGGAGAAGGCCGAAGCCUAUGAGGGAACGUACCAGUGCACAGCUCACAACGAGCACGGCACCGCUGUGUCCAAUAACAUCGUCAUCCGACAGUCCAGGUCCCCCUUAUGGUCGAAGGAGAGAAAUGAGGCCAUCGUGGUACAGAAGGGGGUCUCCCUCGUGCUGCAGUGCCGACCCCCUGCAGGGUUACCUCCUCCUGUCAUCUUCUGGAUGGAUAACAAUUUUCAGAGGCUGCCGCUGGAUAAACGAGUGUCCCAGGCCCUGAACGGAGACUUGUACUUUUCCAAUGUUCUCCCAGAAGACACCAGGAGUGACUACAUUUGUUACGCUCGCUUCCCCCAUACGCAGACCAUCCAGCAAAAACAGCCCAUUUCAGUCACUGUGCUGGACAGCAGCCCAGACGGGGAGCGUCGCCCUGGUUUUAUGCUGCCUCUAGGGACCACCAGCACACAGAUGGUUCUGAGAGGAGAGACUCUGGAGCUAGAAUGCAUCGCUGAUGGCUUGCCCACUCCAGAUAUCUCCUGGCAGAAGGAUGGAGGCGAGUUGCCGAGCAGCAGGACGUCUUUCCACAACUUUAAGAAGACGCUGAAGAUUUCUGAUGUGAAUGAAGCUGAUGGUGGCGCUUACCGCUGUACGGCUACAAACAACCUGGGAACCGUGCACCACAUCAUAAAGGUCACCGUCAAUGCUGCUCCUUUCUGGGUCAGCGCUCCCAGGAACCUGAUCCUCGCUCCGAACGAGACUGGCAUCUUGAUGUGUCGAGUUAGCGGAGAACCCAAACCACAGAUUAGCUGGUUUGUCAAUGGAGUUCCCAUAGAGAAUGCUCCAGAAGACCACAGUCGCAAAGUGGACGACGACACUGUGAUUCUCAGCAGUGUGCAGUCAGGGUCCAGCGCUGUCUACCAGUGUAAUGCGUCCAAUGCGUUUGGCUACCUGAUGGCUAAUGCUUUUGUCAAUGUUCUUGCUGAACCUCCAAGGGUUCUCACUCCACCUAACAGAGUGUACCAGGUCAUCACCAACAACCCUGCUUUACUGCACUGCGCCUCAUUUGGCUCACCAAUACCAACAAUCACAUGGUUCAAAGACAGUCAGAUCAGCAUCAAGAAUGGUGACCCAUACGUCAUCCGUGAGGAUGGUACACUGGAAAUCCAUGUGGCCCAGCCGCUGAAUAGCGGAAAGUACACCUGCAUUGCCACCAACAACCUGGGGAUCAAAGAGAACCACGUCUUCCUCGAGGUUAAAGAGCCCACUCGUAUCCUGAAGCAGCCUGAGUACAAGGUGGUGCAGAGAGGAAUGAGCGCUGUGUUCGAGUGUAAAGUCAAACACGACCCUUCUCUUCAUCCCACCAUGACCUGGCUCAAAGACAAAGGAGAGCUGCCAGACGAUGAGAGGUUUGAGGUGGGCACAGACAGUCUGAUCAUCAAAGACGUGACCGAUGAGGACGAGGGAACUUACACUUGCAUCAUGAACACAACUCUGGAUCAGGACUCAGCCAGCGCCAUGCUGACUGUUGUCGAGGCGACUCCUACUCCGGCAAUUGUCUACGAGAAACCUGACCCUCCGACUGACCUGGAACUGACUGACCAAACAGAGAGGACCGUUCAGCUCACCUGGACCCCAGGAGACGAACACAACAGUCCCACACAGAAGUUUUUGAUCCAGUACGAGGAUCUGCUCCACGAACCUGGAGUUUGGAUCAACCUGACAGAAGUUGCCGGUACCAGCACCACGGCUCAGUUAAACCUCUCUCCAUACGUCUACUACUCUUUCAGAGUGCGGGCUCUGAAUAAUGUCGGCUACAGCGAGCCCAGCCAGCCCUCACGGCAGUACAGAACCAACCCUGCUGCUCCUGAUGAAAACCCAUCAGAUGUUCAUGGGGUGGGACUGGAGCCAGGCAACCUGGUCAUCUCCUGGACACCGCUGACAGGAUUCCAGUCCAAUGGGCCCGGUCUGGAGUACAAAGUGCAGUGGAGACAGAAGGACGUAGAGGAGAACUGGUCAUCAAAGAACGUGGCCAAUGUUUCUCAGUAUGUCGUGUCUGGAACUCCGACCUACGUGCCCUACGAGAUCAAAGUCCAGGCUCUGAAUGAUUACGGCAGCGGACCUGACCCUGAAGUAGUGAUUGGGUACUCUGGAGAAGACCUGCCUUUGUCUGCUCCAGAUAGUGUUCGUGUGAUGGUUCACAGCAGCACACUGGCAGAAGUGCAUUGGGAGCCUGUAGCUUUCCCCUCAGUGCGAGGAAAACUACAGGGAUACAAGGUAUACUACCGUCGCGAGCGUGGCUUACAUGAGACAGAAAAGGAAACCAAGGAAGAGGAACAGGUUUUAUCUUUCAGUGGGAACCGUAGCGAGGGACGUCUGCCAGGCCUGCAGCCUUACAGCGUCUACAGCGUCUUCGUCAAAGUCCUUAACAGCAAAGGAGAAGGGCCUCCCAGCCCCAGCAAGACUUUUGAGACACCAGAGGGAGUUCCAGAGCAACCUUCUUUUCUGAAUGUGGUCAACCAUGGUAUGGACUCCCUCACUCUGGAAUGGGGCCCACCAACCAACAACAAUGGUCGCCUCGCUGGAUACACACUCGGAUACCAACCAGUCAACUACACUAGUGAACUGGGACCAGUAAAGGUCAUGACCUUCCUUGCCAACGAGACCACCGUUACCCUGGGCAACCUGAACGCCAGCAUGCUCUACAAGUUUUACCUUAGUGCAAGAACAAUCAAGGGUCCCGGCCCCAACAUCACACAAGAGGCGUCCACAGCCAUGGACACAACUCGUAUUCAGCCCACUGUAGAGACGGGCAAAGGCCCCACAGAGCCCCCUCACCCAACUUCCCCCAUCACUCAGUCUCUGCACUCCCCAUUUCACAAGGUGCGUCCUGUAGGCCCUCCGUUUGGUACAGUUAACACAUCUGUAUCCGAGGACGGUGCAGUGAUCAGUUGGGAAUACUUUGGACACCAUAAGAAUGUAUAUGUGGAAUAUAUAGUAGAAAACAGUAAAGAGGACUGGAAAAAGGAGGCGGUAAAUGGUUCACACUCGCAUUUGAUAAAGGGUUUAAAGCCAGGGAUGUCCUAUAGGGUGCGUGUGGUAGCAAAAGAUGCAGCUGACCCAACGGUCCACAGCACUGAUGAAGUGCUGGUUGCAGUGCCAGCUGUACCCAGCCGGCAGGUAGACAUCGCCACCCAGGGCUGGUUUAUUGGACUCAUGUGUGCCAUCGCUCUGCUCAUCCUGGUGCUUCUCAUAGUGUGCUUCAUCAAGAGAAACAAGGGAGGCAAAUAUCCAGUCAAAGAGAAAGAAGAUGCUCACCAAGACCCAGAGAUCCAGCCCAUGAAGGAGGAUGAUGGGACAUUUGGAGAGUACAGUGACACAGAGGACCACAAGCCGCUGAAGGGCAGCCGGACGCCGUCCAACGGGACGGUGCGCCGCGACGAGAGCGACGACAGUCUGGUGGACUACGGGGAGGGCGGGGACGGACAGUUCAACGAGGACGGCUCCUUCAUCGGCCAGUACAGCGGCAAGAAAGAGAAAGACACUCACGAAGGCAACGAGAGCUCAGAGGCCCCGUCGCCCGUCAACGCCAUGAACUCGUUCGUCUAACGAAGGGGCCUACAGCCCUGGCUGCAACUGUUGCUACGGCCUGCAUCCUUGUCACCCUGGCAAAUGUGACCAUGGAGACUGCCUCCGUGGUGACAGUUGCUAAGGUGACAGUCGUUCUGUGGACGCCUAACUUCUACCCCGUGGUGGCUGUCGCUCUGGUGGCCACGGCUACCCGUCACCAAGACUGCUGACACGUCCUCAUCUCCGCUUCCCUGCCAGCCCCCACUCCCCAAAGUCACACUGUGACCUCCCAAUGAACACACACUCGAUAAGACUAACACCACAACCCCCCCAUGACCGCUAAAAGGUGUGAAAUGAAUGACGCGAUGAGGAAAAGGAGAGAGCAAGCAAUAUAGAAGAGCAGGAGGAAUGUACCAGAGAAGGGUCUUACCACUCAGACUGUGUGGCCAAAUGUGUGUGUGUGUGUGUGUGUGUGUGUGUGUGUGUGUGUGUGUGUGUGUGUGUGUGUGUGUGUGUGUGUGUGUGUGUGUGUGUUGAUGCCAUUUGAUCUCAAACAUACCGAAUAUCCAAAUAUAUAUAUUUUAAGAAAUUAUGGGACAUGACCCAAAAGGCAGGCAAAUACACACCCCGAUCACAAACAUCUGCAUGGAGUAAAUCAUGAUUCUAUUAAGCAUCUCACCACACUCGUGUCAGUUGUUGCAGAGGUGUUGAAGCUGUAUAUGGUGCACCCCUACAAGCAGCCGCCUUUUUUUGUUGUUUUCGGAAAGUGUUAAAUGGCGUAUGAUUAUAUAGAGGAAAAAAACGGCAGCGGUGUCCUCAACACACCCUGCUGGGAAGUGUGUGACUCAAAGUAGAAGCUAGCUUUUGUUUUAUUUUUCUUUUGAGACAGACGGACUGUUUGUACAUAUGUAAUGGAAUAAGAAAGAAAGCUAUAUUUCAAGGUCAGGUUUGUCCAUUUGUAGUCAUUGGAAAACCUGGCAAGAAAAUGCUUUGAACUCAGCGUUUGGUCACUCCGUAUCACACCAGCCAGCCAGCCAGCCAGAACUCCCACAUUGAAUUCCAGUCGGCCUGAUUUUUAGCCUCAUGUUUUCUCGAGCUCGUGUUUCCGACUUUUUUCCCCAGUCCGUUUCUUUCCUGUGCUUCUUGAUCCAGUGUCAUCGUCAAGUGCUUCCACCCGGAGUCGUGGCCACUGUUCGAGUCUUUUUGUUUUCAAUGAUCACGGUAUUGUGUCGGAGCUAAACAUCAUUACCAAUAGCAUUUCUCUCCUAUUCUGCUCUGUACACCGGCAGAAAAAUAUGUUACACUGAAAGUGCACACUGUAGUUUCUGGAUAUUUUAGAUGUUGACGAUCAAGAAAAGGUCUCAGCACGGUUUCUAGUGCCUUUGUAGAGAACGGUGACCUAGAUCCACAGAGUUACAUCCCUCUUCAUACACGAGUUGGUUAAAAAAGAACGCGUUACAUAGAAAAUACCAUCCAACUUAACUCUAGCUGUUAAAUAUAUGCGAGUAUUAAACGCUACAUUAAACGUUCAUGGAAAAUAAGCUACAGGAUUCAGGCGAUGAUGAAGAAAUUCUUCACAGGGGAACAUUUAAACUGUGUUAUGAGCUGUGUGGUCACUGAGUUGUAAGUAUGAGCAGUCCAGGGACACUAUUUUAAAAGUGCAUUUUGAAUAUGACAGAUUUGACAGGCGUUAUAGUUGCGAGGAAUCGUUUCCAGCUGUAGAUUGUUCUGGCCUUGUUGACAAUCAUGCUAUUCAGCUACCAUUAGCUCACGUGGUACGCAAACCGUGAAAAAAAAAAAAAAAAGCAUCUCCCCUGAAGGAAAUAUGUGGAAUAGUGGAAAAAAAUGUAAGAAACCUGAGGUCAUGAUUCAUUUCUCUCCUCCUCACCUCGUUUCAUCUGGAGGAGGAACCAAACUACUGCCAACCUGCUCACCAGGUAACUGCCAAUGGAAGCCAGACGCACCAUGUGGGACAGACUCACCGUUACUGGUAGCUCUUAGGAAAUUCAAGGGGGUUGGAGAAUUGAUGCUGAAUGUGGAAACAAGUAUCCAUUUUUGUGAAUGAAAAAUAUUGCUUGUUUCACUGCAAAUGGUAAACACACUGGUGACUUUGGUUUAUGCAUUUAACCUUAUAUAUAUGUCGUCUGAGCGCAGCACUCAGUGAGUUUUCUAUUACUGUAAAUGAAUGAAGCUUACGUGUGAAUGUUUGGGUGCAUGAGUGCGUGUGCGUGUGUGUGCAGCACAUGCAUGCUACCGUGUUACAGCGUGCGUGAUGUAAACUACUGCUUUCUAUUUCCAUUGACGGUCAAUAAAUCCAAUGUGUGUCAAGCAGUCUGCUCCUGCAGGAGAUCCAAGACUACUUCUUUUUUUUUUCUCAGAGAACAUUUCCAUGUUUUAGGUUUAUCAUAACUUGCAUCAAGUUUUUAGGUUGCAACGUGUCGGCUUUCCACAUGUAGAUAUUUCUGUUGUAUUUUGUAAAUAAUUGGCUUGAACUGAGCGUAGAGGUUGGAGAUGAGAGCUUGACCUCAGUCGGCCCCGCUGCAUUAUGGGUAGGGGGCUGGCAAAAAAACAAACAACAAAAAAAUGGCAUUGCGUGAGAUGAGACUAUUUACAGUUUUCACUUUUUCAUUUUGGUGUGAAAUUUCUUUUCUUUUCUUUUUUAACUCGUCAGGUGAAAUUUGCUAAGUCAAACGUUUUAGCCUAUCAGGUAUCAAAGGAGAUUAUUUAACUUGUGACUGAGCUCUUGUGACACCUGUAUUGUUUCUGUCUUUGACAGUUCAUGCACAUUUCCUGUAUUUUUUAUAAAAACACACCCAAUUAAACAGGCCGUGUCAUUUCAAACACUCCAUGCAUCUAAUUUACGACAACAUCUGGUGUCUGAAUGCAUCACGCUGGAGAACUGCUGUCCUAAACUAGAUGUCGCAGGAAAAUGACACGUCCUUUUAAGUGUGUGCACUCAAAAAAAAAUAACAAAAUAAAACUAAUUUUGAGCAUAUGGAACGAUGGCCGGCAUGGAUACAUAAGUGGACUGGCAAAUUGGAGUGUGAAUAGCCUGGAAACAAUGUUCUAGUUACUGGUGAACAUACAGUAGGAUAUACAGUAUAUGAUAUGAUAUAAUAUGACAUUCUGGUUAAUGUUGAAGCUACACGAGAAGCAUGAAAGGCUGUCAAAAUUGUUUACUCUACAAUAUAAUAUUGCAAAAUAUUUUGUAUUUUAAAUGAAGUUUAAAAAACAAUGAAAUAAAUGUUGGUUUCAGGAUUUCAAA